AUGAUGAUGAUGAUGAUGAUGAUCUCGGAUGAUGAUGAUGAUGAUGAUGAUGAUGAUGAUGAUGAUGAUGAUGAUGAUGAUGAAUCUGAUGAUGAUGAUGAUGAUGAUGAUGAUGAUGAUGAUGAUGAUGAUGAUGAUGAUGAUCAUGAUGAUGAUGAUGAUGAUGAUGAUGAUGAUGAUGAUGAUGAUGAUGAUGAUGAUGAGACAUGA